CGCUUUUACUUUCCCCACUCCAUUCUUUUACCUCCCCUGUUUCCCCCUCCGACCUCGCCCGCCGCCGCCGCCGCCGCCGUCGAGCCUCCUCCUCCUUCUCGGGGCGGUGUCGUUUGGCCCGGCCCGGCCACCCCACGUCCCUGGAUCGGGGCGCGCGCGCGCGGUUUUCUUCACCCUCCGCUCCGCUCAGCUGAAGAGAAUCCUGCCACCACGGUUCUGUACCAAGUGGCUGGCGAGAAGCCGUGUGAGUCGCUAAACAAGUGCGAACCUUGGAAGCUGGUAAAAGUUCUGUGGACCGGCAGGUCUGGUGUUGGGAACAACCUUUUGUGAUCAGAUAAUUUGAACAAGCUGAAGAGAAUCCUGCCCCCAUAGUUCUAUUUCUAUAGUAAGUGUUGGCAAGGAGCCACGUGGGUCGCUGAAACGGGUGUGUGCACUCGGAAGCUGGCAAAAGUUUAGUAACGUGUGGAAGGAACUUUCUGAGACCAGAGAAUUAGAAACAAAGCAUAUUAAGGUAGCAGCUGAAGAUAUUCUGCUCCUGCUACUACACAUUAUUUUGGUGGUCUGGUGGUCUUGAUUGAGCUGUCUGUUAGAUUCAGUUCAUGGUGGCUGGAUGAGAAGCUGAAAUGCUACUGGCUGUGGAGGGAGGAGGUUUUUUCUCAUCAUCCGCAUCAGGAUACAGCCAUGGCCUUGCACUUUUGUUGCUCGGCCGGAGAACUGAGGAACAGCCUGUAAGGGCAUCGUCCUGGAAUCACUAUCGACUAGUCGAUCGGGAGGCUGGGCAUGGGGGGCCACUGCCUCCAACAAAAGACGAUGUUCCUGGUAAAUGUGCUUCCUUCACCUGCUUUGGCUGCACACCUGCUAGGCUUGAGGGCGCAUCUCCUCCGAAAUUGAGCUCAAGUAACACGCGGCAGCAAUUAUCCAGUUCCACAAGCAGGAAAGGAACAGCCAAUGGUUCCUCCAUAAACGGAAGCGGGAGAAAAGGCUGUCUUAAGAGUAAUUCGAAAAGGGACUCGUCUGACCGCGGUUCUAUUGUUAGUGACAGCGAGGAACAACCACGGGAGUCUCUGGAGGAGGUGCAAACCUUGAAAACUGGUAUGGAGCGGAGGAAAGUUCACUGGACUGACACGUGUGGGAAAGAACUUUUUGAGAUCAGAGAAUUUGAAACAAGCGACGAGGGUUUGUCGGACGACGAGGGGGAGAAUGAUGGCUACAAGAAAUGCGAGUGCGUGAUCCAGUAGAUUUGUUCCUGCACAGUAUCCAGUCACAAUUUUGUCAUGGUUGACACCACCUGUACUUUUUAUUCGUCCUCGACCUU